AUGGAAGUCCGUCCAAACCAAGCGGCAUGGCUUGUAAAAGCGGACACUCCAUUGCAAGUUGGCAACGCUCCUUUGCCCUCGGCCGGUCCUGGAGAGCUUGUGGUGAAAAAUGCUGCAAUUGCGAUCAACCCGCUCGAUUGCCAUAUGCAAGACACUGGUAUCUUCGUCCAGCAGUGGCCUGCUAUCUUUGGCUGCGAUGUAGCCGGUGAGGUACACGAGGUUGGCCCGGACGUUCAGCGUUUUCAAAAAGGGGAUCGUGUCAUCGGACAUGCUAUAAACUUAACUAGUGGUCGUCCUGAACAUGCAGCGUUUGCACUAUACACAGUUGUCCCCGCUGACAAAGCCGCCAUUCUUCCUAGUAGCAUACCGUUCUCUGAGGGUGUUGUGGUGCCAUUUGCAUUGGAGGCUGCAGUCUGCGCACUGUCUGUCCAAGUGCCCGGUAUAGCUAUGCCAGGUGUUCCAACACCAGCCCUUGGCCUACCCUAUCCCUCUCUACAACACCCGGAGCCAUCUUCAGCAAAGACACUGGUCAUAUAUGGGGGAUCGUCUUCUGUUGGCUCCAUGGCGACACAAUUAGCUACGGCAGCUGGGAUCCACGUUAUCUCCGUCGUUGGCGCUCACAACUUCAAUUUCAGCAAGCGCUGUGGAGCCAGCCAAGUUAUCGACCAUCAGGACCCUUCGAUUGUUGACAAGGUUGUCAAAGCGAUCGAUAGGGCUAAUCAAGACGAAUUUGUUGGAAUCUUCGAUGCCAUCUCUACUCCUGAGACGUACGCCCAUGAUCUCGCUAUUCUCGCCAGGAGCGGUGGAGGUCACCUUGCUUGCACUCACCCUCCUCCCAAUGAAAUACCUGCCAACGUGAAGGCAGGCAUGAUAUUCGCCAUUAAUGAUAUAGCCGCCCCGGUCUGGCGAGAAUACGUGACGCCCGCGCUACGAACUGGUAAGAUACAGUGUCUCCCACCACCGGUAAUUGUCGGAAAGGGCUUGCAACAUAUCCAGGACGCGCUCAACAGGUGCAGAGCCGGCGUUAGUACAGCAAAGCUCGUGGUAGAACUAUGA